GGCUGCUGUGAAGAAACUACCACAUGAUCUGGAUUAUGAAUUCAACGUCUUUGACGGUUCCUAUGACGAAAUAGUGCACAAUGUGUCUUCAGGGAUCUUCGAUGCCGCAGUGGGUGACAUAACUAUAACUUAUGAGCGAGCUGUAUAUGUCGACUUCACGAUGCCAUACUCCGAGUCUGGUGUGUCACUGCUUGUGCUCAGCGAGAAUGACUGCAAAUCAACAAUUGAAUGGGUAUUCUUAAAGCCGCUAACGAUGGAACUUUGGCUAGCAACUGUGGGUGGCUUCUUCUUCACUGCACUAGUUGUGUGGAUGAUUGAGCGGCCCAAAAACCUGGAGUACCAAGGAUCGAGUUCGAGACAGUGCAGUGUUGCUCUGUACUUUUCUUUCUCGACCUUGACAUUUUCUCAUGGCCAAAUUAUUAAAAGCCCUCUGUCGAAAAUUGUUGUGGUUAUAUGGUGCUUUGUUGUGCUAGUUAUAGUGCAGAGCUACACAGCUAGCUUAUCCUCCAUUCUGACUGCAAAGAGGCUCCGGCCCUCAGUGACUGAUCUUGACCAGCUACUGUCAACUGGUGACUAUAUUGGAUACCAUUCUGGAUCAUUUGUAUAUUCUAUCCUUACAAAAAAAGGGUUUGAUGGAAAAAGGUUAAGGCCCUAUACAAAGAAAGAGGAAUAUGCAAAUGCUUUGAGGAAUGGGUCGAAGAAUGGAGGUGUCUCGGUUAUAGUUGAUGAGAUCCCCUACAUAACAUCUUUUCUCUCUGACCCUCAGUACUAUAAUGAAUUCCAGAUGGUUAACCGCAUAUACAAGACACCUGGAUUUAGUUUUGUGUUUCCCCGACAUUCUCCAUUGGUGCAUAAUCUUUCGGUAGCCAUCUUGGACCUGACAAGUGGAGAUGAGGGCUCACGAAUUCAAGCGGAAUGGUUUCGCAAAACGACGUCCUUGCCAGAUUAUGGCAUCCCCAAGACAGAUUCGGCACCUCUCACUUUGAGAAGUUUCUCUGGUCUCUUCAUCAUCACUAGUGCUGAUGGGGACGGUGGAAGUGAAGGCCACGGAGGAUCAGAUCCGUUGCAGAACGACUUGGGCAAUGGGUCUAUGACUGAUCAGCCCCACCAUGAAGCCAGAAAUGUAGAUCCCCAGGGUAUCCAUGGGAGUGGAGAAAGUGUUGCUGACGAAGAAUCGAACGGCUCUGUGCCCGCGCACACCAUCCAGAUCGAGACAAGCACUGGUUGAGAUGCCAACUCUAUUCUGCAUCGCACGCAAUGAAGAAACAUAACACUUUUGUCUUCUGCAGAUAGUCACCAAUCUAAUAAGAAAAUGAGUGUAAAAAGCUAAUGAAUUA